GGCAGCGUACUUCCGAUCAGAGCGCUUCGAAGAGGAUGUCAACCCCUCCGCCGGAGGCGCAGCGGCUACGUGUCCGCGAAACAUGGAAAGAGAAGGGUGUUGUGGUGGACCUUGGCGGCGAUGACGACGAGCCUUUGGAGGAACAUCGCCUGCGCACUGCGACACAAGCGACCGCAGCGGCGGUGUCAACGGCUCGCGCUGCGGCGGACGAAAGGCCAAUCAUAGGUGCACUCCUCAGCACGCCGUAUCAGCCGCGUCAGCGCAAUGACGGUGGCCACGCGGCGAGAGAGGAGGCUGCAGUUCCAGCGAUGGUGAGAGAGGAGGGUCGUGGACAGGACACGAACCAACGGGAUGGCGGCGAGGCCGCUUCAAGCCAGGCGCGCAGGGGAGUCAUGACGAAAGACCUUAUCGACCGUGCGCUGUUUUGGGUGGAUGACAAAGCUUUCUGGGUAACGGGUGAAGUACGCAGACUUUACAACAUCGUCCACGAAAUGAAAGAGUACUUCGUCGCCAUCGCCAGCGGCCUUCCGCCACCUGACCUUCCACGGAGCGUUGUCGUCCCCAAAUCCAGCACUAGGGUGACGAGGAUCGCAGACCAAUCACAGCUCCAGCAAGCGAUCUCCCGUGCGGCGGCGGUGGAGAAUAUAGCUCUGCGCAUCUUGCACGGCUGGGUUUUCAAGUCCGGGAACCGCCCAAGGGGGUACCACCUUGCUUUCCAGUACUCGUUGGAGUCCGUAGCGACGGACAUUGCGCGUGCAAUGUGGUACGGCGAGGAGUGGUGCAACGUCGUCAGCGCGCCGAUCUGCGCCCAUACGAUGGAUCUGAACAUGGACCUUCCGUUGUGGUACGCCUGCGUGAAUAUCGAGGACAGACCUGAGGACAACGACAUGGCUGCGCACCAGGAGUCCAUCGUCGUGAGCAUCGUGUAUUCAUUCCGAGCGGCGGUGCAAAUGGGCGCUUACAUCGACGGCGAUUUCAUCUCCUACGACCUUCUAUGUCGGGUGGCUGACUGCUUCAGGCUGUUGCUGGCGGCGUCCAUGUGGAUUAUGCACAUGGCGGGAAACGAUCCGCGCAGUCACUACGAAGCAUUUUACUUCGCGGAUCUCGUCGCCAGGCCGACACUAAUCACGUCCAUGCAUCGCUCCUUCGAUCAUCGACAAUCCGUCGUUCACGCCGCGAACGUUGUCACGGAGAGGCUUGGGAAGGCGAAAGCCACGCUCAGAGUGUACCCCGACUACACCCCUAAUUGGGCACCAUGCGACAUCGGAUUUGCGCACGACGCGAGCAUCAAGGGGCCGAAGGAUGCGAAGAGGCUGGAUUGGUUGGGUUCGGGCCCCCCCAAUGAUGACAUCAAAGGCGAAGGAAAAGACGACGCAUAAGGCGGGCGUGUUUGCGAGGGAAGAGCGGGGAGACUGCGCUUCUAAGAACGAA